AACUAAAAGAAUGAGGAAACCUUCAAAUUACUUGGUGAUUAAUCUGGCUAUCAGUGAUAUUUUGAUGCUUCACAAAAUUGCGAUAUUUGCUUAUAACAGUUUUUUGGGUGGACCAGCGGCUGGACCUAAGUGGUGUACCUAUUAUGGCUUCAUGGGCGGAUUGUCCGGCACAUCUGCUAUAAUGACCAUUGCCAUGAUGUCCAUUGAAAGAUAUAUGUGUGUAUCUCGUCCUCUUGAUCCUUCAAGCCGAAUGACAAGAACAAGAGCACUUAUAAUGGUUACAUCUAUUUGGAUGUAUGCAAGCAUAUUCAGUUUUAUGCCUUUGUUUGGCCUGAAUAGGUAUGUUCCAGAAGGAUUCUUAACCAGCUGCACUUUCGAUUACUUAUCAGAUCAACUGUCAAGUCAAAUCUUUGUAUUGUCGUUCUUCGUUGCAGCUUGGUGCGUACCUAUGGUAAUUAUAUGCCACUGCUACAUUGGUAUAGUACUUAGCGUCUGCGAAAGCCAAAAAAUGUUCAUGCAUCACUCGCAAAAUGUGAAAGGUACAGAUCGGAACGUCGAGAACCAAAAGAAAUUAGAAAUCAAGCUAGCUAAAAUUUCUUUUGGACUAAUUUCCAUGUGGACAAUAUCUUGGACACCAUACGCUACUGUAGCUCUGCUAGGAAUAUUCACUGAUCGCUCCAUGAUAACUCCAUUUUCCACCAUGAUUCCAGCACUUUUCUGCAAAACCGCAUCCGUACUGGAUCCAUUUGUGUAUGGAUUAUCUAACAGACAGUUCAAGAGUGAGUUCUUCAAAAGAAUAAUUUCUGUAUGCAAAUCCAAAAACGUCAGAGAAAAGCAGAUGAUGCCGUCAUUCAUAAUGAGGGCAAUGUCUGUAAAAUCUCAGGAGCAUAGUGUUACCGAUGAAAACGCAGACAUUGUAUCAUCGAUAGAGGAAGAACACGAAACGAUUUUGCGCGGGCAACAAACAUCAACACAAAUCAUACCGCGUGUAGAAAAUAAUGAUGUAACUUCAGCUUCCGAAACCAGGAGUGUAAUAUCCCAGUGCUCUACAAUCGGGAAACAAAAGUGCAAUAGCGAUAGUACUUAUCGCAGCAAUUCUGAAACUGACAACAAUUUACGCUUGAAAAGCAUCUGUGUGAUACCAAUACCGCACGUCUAUAUGAUAGAAACACACAGUGAUAUAAUCAGAAUUAAGUCUCGAAGGUCAUUUUGA